UAUGAUGACGACCAUGACCCCGAACACGGCGAAGAAGAAGUUUUACAAACAUCCAUUAAGACAGGAAAGGUUUUAACACAAAGUCUCAUUAUUGACACCAAAGAUGGCGAAGUGGACGUUCUUCAAGAGCUGAAGAAAAAUACUUCUUCGGGAGGUGGUGGUAGGCAUGAACUUGAAAUAAAUGAGAUAGAAGAGAAAUUAGCCGAAAAAGCAGAUAAAGAACAUAAACACAAUAUCUCCGAUAUAAAUGAACUUCAAGCUACAUUAAAUAGUAAAGCGGACAAAAAUGAACUUGACGCAAUGAACAAAGUUUUGAAAUCUCAUAAACACAAUAUCUCCGAUAUAAAUGAACUUCAAGCUACAUUAAAUAGUAAAGCGGACAAGAACCAUGUUCAUUAUAUAAGUUCAGACGAACAGAUUAUAACGGACUAUCAUGGAUAUUUAACACAGGGUGAAAAAGUGAAGACGAAAAAUGUUAAUGAAAGAAGAUAUAAAUUCAUUCGUGCUAAAGGUUAUGACAUACACUGUACUGUACAGUAUGACACAGGUAUAGCACCACAAACAUUUGGUUAUAACGCUGAAAUUUAUGCUUCAUACUUCUUUGUUAACGGUGUAUUAGUUGAACCAAGAUUUAUGUUAAGAGUUAAGGCAAAAAUAACUUUUGAAGAUGCUAUUAAAAGUAAAGCUGACAAAAAUGAACUUGACGCAAUGAACAAAGUUUUGAAAUCUCAUAAACACAAUAUCUACGAUAUAAAUGAACUUCAAACUUCUUUAGACAGUAAAGCAGACAAAAACCAUACACAUGAAUCCUUCACUACUGUUAGAGCUGAUGACAUAAUACUGAACUUUGACCUUGGUUCAAGUGCACCUUUAGAGAAUCCAAGUACAAGCGUAAAAGACACGCUUAACAGUUUAGAUAACAGUUGCAGGAACAUUGAAGGUCAUGCCAGAAACUUUGAAGCACAUGAACUACCAGCAAUGUUAGAUAAGAAAGCCGACAAAACUUAUGUAGAUGAAAAUUAUGCAAAGAAGUCGGAAGUAAAUGAUAAAAUUAAUGGAAAAGCUGAUAAAGAGCAUGUGCAUGAAGAAUUUCAAACAAUCAGGAUUAAAGAAAUUAAUGCAUACAUUGAAGAAGUAACAAAAACAGGAAGAGACGGUGCAACUGUACAAGAACAAAGAAUUUAUCCUCCUACUUUUCCUAAUGGUUUAAUAACAAACAAUAUAAAUAUUGUAGACGGCGAUGGCUUUAUAAAUGUUAAACAUGAACUUCAAACAAUGAAGACUCAGAUUCUUGAAACCAUAUAUCCUAUAGGCUCUAUUUAUACGUCAAUGAAUUCAACAAAUCCGGCAAGUGUUUUAGGUUUUGGUACGUGGGAACAGAUUGUAGAUAAAUUCCUCUAUUGUGCGAACUCUUCAAAGCAAACAGGUGGUUCGAAGAAAAUUAAAGAAGCAAACCUUCCACCGCACACUCAUACAGGAACUACAAACUUUUCUGGCGACCAUAGCCACUCAUUAAGAGACCACCCAUUAUACAACUCAGAAUAUGAAGCUGGCAAUGACGUUUUAUCUCCAUCUUAUAACAAUGCAGCAAAAAAGAUUUUUCGACCAACUGAACCAGGAGGAAAUCAUUCACACACUUUCACAACAAAUCCAACAGGCUCGGGUGCAGAUUAUAUGCCACCAUUUGUGACUGUAUUCGCAUGGUACCGCGUUCAAUGA